AUGUGGUAUGGCAUGAAAAAUCACAGGAUGAAUUAUAGCAUGAAUUAUCAAUGGGGUGGAGCUCAACUUGAUCAAGAUUCUUCGAUGCUGCAGAAUCUACAUAGAGAUAUGAUAAAUGGAUUGCCAAUGGAUGAUAUGCCUAAUCGUGUAAUGCCUUCAGAAAAUGUUAUCAAUGGUUUGAAAUCUCGCAACUCAUAUGAAGAUUAUUCUCCUGCUAUGAGCUCCACAAUUACAGAAUCAACGAUAAUGAAUACCUUGAAGGAUGGUCUCGAAGGUGAAGAUAUUGGCAACGUAAAAUUCACAGAAGUGUAUCUCCUUGAAACGUCUUUCUGUCCAACAACGAUAUAUGAAUCAAUAUUUAUUUCUAAUCUUAAUGGUAUUGAUGACGAUAGAGAUGAAGAUUAUGAACUAUCAGAGGAGAGCGAGAAGAGUGAUAUUAUUAGUGAAGUUGAAUUGUCUAACGUUUCAACAAGCACUCAAACCGAAGCCAACAACACAUCGAUAUCAAACAUUUCUGUUAGGAAAAGAUCAGCUCCAGAUGAUACGUACAUGCGCGUAGCAACUUCUGCGACAGCAUCGUAUACGAAAGAACAGUUCUGUUUCUAUUGCAAAACGAUGCAGUCAAAGUUAGCUCGUCACUUAGAACAAAGGCACGCCAAUGAAGAGAAUGUAAAAAAAUUUGUUGCUUUGCCGAAACGCAAUAGUGCACGACAAUUUAAUGACAGAAGUUUAUUAGUAUGUCGUCGACCCAAUGAAAAAAUGAACAAGAUUGCUCAAGAUUUCAUGGCAUGCGCCAAGUGCAAAGGGCAGUAUGCAAGGUCAGUCAUCCGACAUCACUGGCGCAAAUGUACUAAGCGUGUCGGUAAUGCUGACAGAGUCGUCAUGGUGAAAGGUCGAGCUGUAAUGGGACAUUUUCACGUGAAAGCGAAUGAUCUUGUAAGCACAUUCGUUUUCCCCUACUCGCGAGAAGAUGAGGUAGUUCGCACCAUUCGAUACGACGAACUGUUGGUUUUAUAUGCUAAUAAACAAGCCGAUCAACAUGGUACGCAGCACCAUGCAUAUCAAAUGGUUCGUGCACGUUUGCGGUUGUUAGGCCGAUUACUAAUAGCCAUGAAAAACCUUGACAGUGAAAUAACUGAUUUUGCAUCGAUUUUUAACCCUAGAUGCUAUGAUAAAUGUAUUAUUGCGGCGAAGCAUGUUGCACAGUUUGAUAAACGUACUCGUACAUUUAAACACCCGGCAGUAGCAUCGCAUAUUGGUGCGUUGUUGAUGCAUGUAGGUGAAGUAUUACGAUCCGAGUGUAUAAAAUCAGAAAACGAAAUGAAGCAGAAAAGAUUUGAAGACUUCUUGAAAUUAAUGAGUGAGAAUUAUGGUACUGCCAUAAAUAGAGCAGUAGCCGACACUCAAAUGCAAAACAAUAGACGAAAAAAAGUUAUACUCCCCACCAUAGACGACAUUAAAAGACUGCGUAGAUACCUGAAAAUUGAACGUGAGAAUUAUAUGGAAACUCUGCUCAACAAGUUUUCAAGCGCAGCGUGGCUGAAACUCGCCGAAGUUACUCUUAUCUCUCUACAAAUAUCUAAUCGUCGACGAGCUGGCGAAAUUGAAAGGAUUUAUAUAGAGGACUUUGAAUCUCAUCAAAGUAUAAAUGCGUCUGCUGACAAAGAAGUAUUCAAUUCACUAUUAAAAGACGCUCAAAAUCUUGCUAAAAAAUAUGUAAGAUUUAUGAUUCGUGGAAAAUGUGGUCGGAAAGUGCCCGUUUUGGUUCCAUGUGAUCUUGAGAGUAUGAACCUCAUCCAAAAAUUUCGUAGCCAAGCAAAGGUGACAGAUCAAAAUCCAUAUUUUUUUGGCUUACCAUCUAUUGACCCAAACAGAUAUAAAUACCUACGCGCAUGCGACCUAUUGCGAAAUUUUUCUGUAGCCUGUGGUGCGAAAGUCCCUAGCUCAUUACGUGGAACAAAAUUGCGUAAGCACAUCGCAACCCAUUGCAUUAAUUUAAAUCUGUCUGAAACCCAAGUGAGUGAUUUGGCAAAUUUUAUGGGUGACAAUAAAAAAAUACAUAAAGAGAUUUAUCGCACAACCAAUAGCUGA